UAGAAUGGGUUGAAGUGUUGUUGAUGUCAUUUUGGUUUGUGCUGUGGAGGGACAAUGGUGGACAAGAAAGGAGCUAGGAAGAACUCAAUGGUUGUGGCUAUAGAACGCCAUGGUUUCGGCGUUCGUCACAUCCAGAUGAGCGUAAUGUGCGUUUGCAUGACGGCUCUCUUUAUCGCGCGGAGCAGUAUGGGAGUGGCGAUUCUAGCCAUGACUGACGAAAGUCGUAGAAACGACUCUAGCGUUAAGAUAUACGACUGGGACAAGGAGACCCAGGGUCUUAUCCUCUCCUCUUUCUUCUGGGGAUACAUCGUAAUGCAAAUCCCAGGUGGGCUGCUCUCCAAACGUUUCGGAGGCAAGCCUAUACUACUAUCAGCUAUGGUUGCGAACGCCGCCAUAAACUUGAUGAUACCAACACUCGCGGAGCUGGGUGGCUGGCGUCUAAUGUGUGCGGCUAGGGUCCUUAUGGGUCUGUCUCAGGCAUGCUUGUUCCCCGCAUCGCAUACACUUAUAGGACGAUGGCUUCCAGCUCACGAACGAACCUCGAACACUGCAAUUGUUUAUGGAGGAUCAAUGAUUGGCACGAUAGUGGCCAUGCCUGUGUCUGGUAUUCUAGCAGAGACUGCUAUCGGUUGGAAGCUCAUAUUCUAUUCUAUAUCGGGGCUUGUUUUUGUUUCUGCCGCCAUCUUUUAUCUGGCAGCGGCAAGCUCUCCAGGCGAGCACAAACUGAUGAGAGAUGAAGAAAGAAAAUAUAUAGAGAAAGGAUUGAAUGCGGGAGGAUCUAAGGAAAUGCGUACCCCAUGGAGUGACAUAUUCCGAACCAAAGUGUUCUGGGUCCUAGUCGUCACACAUAUAGGUAGUGCCGUCAACUUUGUACUGUUCUUCGUGGACUUACCCACGUACCUGGAACGGGGACUGCAAAUAUCUUUAAAAACUAGUGCAUCUCUGUCUGCUCUUCCAUACAUUGGAAUGUGGAUCGGCUCAGUGGCGUCAUCUGCAGUUUGUGAAGGAAUAUACAACAGAAAAAUUCUCUCUGUCGGAGUUUGUAGAAAGAUAUUCAAUUCUAUAUCGUUUUUCGGUAUGUCAGCAUCACUCAUCGUGCUAUCAUUUCUGGGUCCAGAAAAUAAGAUCACGGCCGUUGUUGUCCUCGUCAUCGCCUUAACUUUAUCCGGCUUCAAUGCUGCUGGGUUUAUGAUGAGUCAUCUGGACAUAUCCCCAAACUUCGCCGGCGUGUUGCUGUCUCUGACCAACUUCUCAGCCAAUACUGGCAGCAUUCUGACACCCAUCAUUACUGCUCUCAUACUAAACAAUGAUCCGACUGACGUGAGCCGAUGGCGUAUAGUGUUUCUGGCGACUGCUGCUCUGAGUGCCAUCACCAACACUGUGUACGUUCUAUUCGGAAGCAGCAAACGGCAACCUUGGGAUAGUCCUGACUUCAGUAAAACAGCAGAUCCUGAAGAAAUGAUACCAGUAAUGGCGAGAAUUGACACGAAUGAAAAGAAAUGAAAAUGGUUUGACAAGAGAUGUGAAGAGACAGCAAAUACUCGUCCUUUUUUGUCUGUACGUAAUUAUAGGGAGUAUCACAUCAAGAAUAUCAAGGUUAUGGCCAAAAUGCUUGCAAUAAGCUUCUUUUAAGCAUACUCGUAAAAAAUGCUCUAAAACUCAGUUUUGUUUCUCGAUCUGCGAGUCCCUUUUCGGAAAACUAAGUGUUAAUGUAUGAGUCUGUAUAGUACAGUCGCCAUCGGAUAUAUCGGAGCGGAGGUGCUCAAAAAUAUCUGAACAAGCAUAUUGACGCCUUAACAAUAGAGGCGUGGCGUGUGCAGAUAUUUUUGGGCGCUUUGAUAUAUUAUCUGAUGGCGACUGUACAUUGUAUCUCGAAUAAGCGUUCUGCUAGUUAAAUCGCUUAUAUUUUUUUAAUGUUUUGUUGUAUUUUAAUUCAUAUUUAUUGUAUAGUUACAUACCUACCC